AUGAACAUCUACGCUGAUUUUCCAAUCACCGCGUUUUUUGCUGAGGAGCACCAGCAGCUGAGUGACAGUUGCAUUGAGCAGCAGCAGAAUCAAGUUUCAUCCGAAUGUCAGUACGAUCAAACAGCGCAAAACAGCAGUUGCGACCAGCUGACCAAUUCUGACAACAGCACUACCAUUCUGCAGCAACAGCAGUCAACAUCAUCGAGCACUCGAAAGGAGCGAACCUCCUUCAGCAAGGUGCAACUGGAAGGUCUCGAGGAGCAUUUCAAUGCACAGAACUACCUGACCAGACUGCGGCGCUAUGAAAUUGCCGUCCAGCUCAGCCUCACCGAGCGGCAGGUCAAAGUUUGGUUCCAAAAUAGACGAAUGAAGGAGCGUCGCUUCACCUCGGGAUCUGACUUUCAGCCUGAAUCAAUUUCUGAUUAG